CAAGCGCUCGACUGGAAUCGUUUCGGAAUUUGGAGUUACUGCGAUUGCAAAUCAUUUUACACUUCUCGAACUUUUUUCGGUUGUUAAGCUGCACGAGAAGUAAAUAUCCGAGAUAAAGUUUGAUAUCCAAUAUGCCCGAGCCUGGUCCAGAACCAGGAGAGGGGGCGGGGGAAGUUAUUACUAACGGUAAAGAUGAAAACGCUCCAGAAAAUAUAGAAAAUCAGGAAGAUAAUCUUCUCGAUAUCAGAGCGUCACCUACCGCAAGACCACAAAGCAGAGGCAGUGUAUCUCCAACUCGAAAGACAAUAAGUCGAAUCAGCAGCGCACAUUCGACACAAUUUGCUCGUCCUCGCAGUGGUUCGUCUCAAGGAUCUGUUGAGAUACGUGAUGACAAAGAUGACGAUGCUGCAAGUGAUGGCGGAUACGACACAGAUCUAGAAAUUGAAGCGAAUCGUGAAGAGUAUGAUACAACUGGAAAAACAACUUAUAAAGAAGCCUGUAAACAAUUUGGUGUUAUCCCGGUGUCUUAUUUCUUGCGUCAUAUGCAAGAUACAGAACUUAUCAUGAGACAUCAUGGACUUGGUCCUGCAGGAGGAAAAGCUAUUGCUGUGUCACUUGUGUCCAAUACAAGAAUUUUGAAAUUGGAUCUCUCCGACAACUGGCUAAGUGGAAAAGGUGGUGCAGCUAUUGCUGAUAUGCUGGAAGAAAAUUGUUAUAUAACGGAACUGAUUCUUUCUGAUAACAAGCUCGGGUACGAUGGAGCAAAAGCAAUUUGUGCAAUGUUGCAAAAGAAUGACAACAUUAAUCGAGUCAACAUAUCUGGGAAUGAAUUCGCAAGCAAAGCGGCAGAACCUAUUGCCGAAUUGUUAAUGUCGAAUACGCAAAAAGUCGAGUUCUUGAAUCUCAGUGAAAAUCAUUUCGAUGAGCCAUCUGGGGAAAUUCUUGGACCAGCUAUUGCAGAAAACACAUCUAUCAAAGAAAUUAAUUUGAGUUGGAAUUAUUUCAGAAGAGGAGGUGCUGUUGCAAUGGCUAAAGGAAUUGGGGCAAACAUCUUCUUAAAAUCUGUGAAUAUUUCAUGGAAUGGAAUGGGAUUGGAAGGUGCCACCACGCUUGGUGAAGCACUGAAAACAAACAAUGUUUUGGAAGAAUUGGAUGUUAGCAAUAACAGGAUUUCUACUGAGGGUGCAAUACUUCUGGCAAAAGGAUUGCUGGUAAAUGAUACAUUGAGAAUUCUCCACAUUGGGAAAAAUCCGAUGCAGUCUGCUGGAGCAUUUGGUAUAUUGACUGCACUGAAAGAAAACUCUGGAUCUGCCAUUGAACACUUGGGUUUUACUGAUAUUGUGGUGAACAAAGACUUUGUAGAUCUGGAAAAAGAAGUCAAAGAAAACAGACCAAAAUUAGUAAUUAUCCAUGGCGGUGCUGAAUCUGAGAAAAAGAAACCAAAAGCUAGGCCCGACCCAAUGACAAAGAUUCGCAAAUAUGUUGAAGAAAACAACAUGAGACUUGUUGAUUUUUUCAAUUCUUUUGAUGAAGACAGUAGUAUGAGCAUCACCAGAGAAGAAUUACAGAGAGGAGUUGAACAAGCUGGUAUUAUGCUGACGCAAGAUGAAAUGAAACAACUUUUAGAACUCCUUGAUAAGGAUGGUGAUGGUGAAAUCAACUACAGAGUUUCUUCAUCCAAAACUCGAUCAGGCGGUUUCUGAUGGUAGAACGUGGUCGAUACAGUGGUUAUACAAAGCGAACUCGUAAUUGGAAAUCUUGAAUAUUUGCAAAAAGAAAAAGAGAAGAAAGACAAUGAAGAAGAAGAUGCCUAAAAAUUUGUAGUUUCUUAUUCACUGCGUUAUAAGCACAUGUAUUUGACCACCACAAAUUUGUAUCUUGGAUCCUAAUAUCUAUUUGUCAAAACUAUACUUCUUUUAUGAAGUUCUAGUAAUUUUACAACUUUUUUAAACAUGGUUUAUGUUCAUAUUACUAACACACUUCCAUUAGAAAAUUUUCACCAAAAUUAGCCAUUAUCAGGAAGAUUUUGUAUCUGUAUUCUGUUUUUCAUGAUUUUCCUAUAAACCUACCGUAAAUAAUUGUUUUUCACUGCAAAUAUUUAGUCAAUUAAUUCGGUACAGGAUGGCUAUUUCAGACCUUACUUACACUCAUUCUUUUUGUAGUCAUCAAUUUUGUCAAAAUCAGUGAUAAAGCCACAAAACUAUCCACGCACACAAAAUUUUGUAUCCUCACUUUGAAUAUAGUAAAUACAGGACGUGCGUUACUGCUAUAAAAGUUACUGUAUUUCAGUUCUUAUGCUUUUAUUUAUGAAUUGAUGCCAUUAUCUGGUUUCUUGUAAUGUAUUUUGUGUGUUUAGAUUUCUAGUCGGUCUUCAUUUAAUUCGAGACCAAACACCUACUCCGUUGUAAUGUCUAAUGAGUGAAGUGCACAUAUUAAGUGAACUCAUACAAUUCACUUAUAAUAUUGUUUUUUUUAUAGUGUAUUGUAUAGACUGGAGUUUGUAUCUACUUCGAAAUUCCCUCAUUGGAAUUUGUGUCUUCUGACGAAGAAGAUUUACAGACCGAUAUAUUUAUAUAUAAUUUUUGAUGUUAUAUUAGCAAUGUUUACCUAUUUUGCUUCUAAGCCUGCUUAAUUCCACUUUGUGCAUUUACCUAUUUAACCCUACAUUGUGUCAUUAUCACUUCACUGUGUUAUUUAAUUUGAAAGAUGUAUUAAAGGGGGAUAAAUUUUGUUCAGUAUUUUUAACUGUAAACAAAUGCCAGGCAUGUUUGACAGUGGACUAAACUUCAUGCACAUAAACGUUACAUUAGACUCUAAUAUUUAUAGUAUAUUAUUACCCUUCCGUAUGUUAGAUAACAAGCCUUUGUUCUGAAUUCUGAAACCAGAUCAUAAAUCAAAUUCUAGUUGUUCUUCUAAGUUUUGAAAUGAAUGAAGUUUUUUUUUAAAUUGUCUGCUUUCAAGUUUGUGUAUUUUUUUUUUAUCUGAAAUACUUUGCUACAGUAGUGUCUUAAAUGUUUGGCUUAUUAUAUGUAUUUUUCACAUCCCUUUGUGUAAGUGCAGCUUUGGUAUCGAAAUAAAGUUCUAAAAU